UCCUCUUUGUCCAUCACACACACACACACCAUCCGCACUCGUUUCUAUUCCGUAUGAAAAUUUUAGCAUUUCGAUGAUGAUGGAGUUGGGUGGGUUGUCGCCGCUAAAAGCACUUCUCUCUUUCCGGAUUUUCGAGAUUUAUUUGACUGAACGCCUUUCGAUAUCUGUCUAUUAAAGCUAAUGGCAUCAAUCACGUCGUCGGUUCGGAACGAAAAACGACUCGACCCUCUUCUCAACCUUUUCUUCGCUGUUUGAAGGAAACGACACCCCUCUUCCACCGCCACUGCUCCUCCUCAUGAUGUGUUACCCAAAACAUCGGAUCACAAAGAGAACGAUGUGUCACGCACGCAUUAUACACCGAAUCGAUCUUUAUUCCUUCUUUUUUCUUUCUUUCUAACCAUCAUUCAUCAUAUAUGUAUUCAUAAGUUAUAUUUAGGUGGCCAGGCCAAGCUAGGCUAGGGUUUUGUUAAUUGUUUUUCACGUCAUGUCAUUUAGUAAUCAUAUUUUGGCAGUUUACCAUCUCCAAAUUUCCUCCGAGUGAAUUAAAGCUUCUAAAUUUUCAGUGAAUAAACCACACCACCACAAGAAGAUGACGAAACAUCACGAGACUGCAGGCGAGCAACAUCAUCAUCAGCAGCAGCAGCAGCUUCCCCCGUGCUGCGGCAUGCUACCGUUCUGCGGUCCUCUGCCGCCCGUCUGCGCAACGUGUCCACCCACCUGCUUCCCUCCGUGCAUACCGCACGCACCGCCGCAGCAGCCGGAGAUCGACAACUUCCUGGUGCCGCAGCCGAGGCAAUGCGGUCCAGCGAUCUUCCUCAACACGCCGCUGGGUGGAUGCAAGAAGUCGCGCAAACACGAUGAUUAUGCUCAGCAGCAACACUUUCAAGCGCCACCGUGCGAUUGCUGUUGUCCUUCGCCGUUCGUGAUGAUGUGCGGGGACGGUCUUGAUGAUUCGCGUUCGGAGAGAGGCCGAAGUUCGAAGGUGGCUGAGGCCGGCUCCAAGAAACAUUCGAAAUCGAAGAGGUCGUGCGCUCAUCGUGCAAAUUCACGGGAGUUACGCGCCAGCAUCCUGUACAGGGGUUGCGAUUGCGAGAAGCGCAACGGUCUGCAGGACGACUGUCGACGGACGGGAUGUCACGGUUCACCGGAAUGCCGGAUGCAACCGCCGACGUGCGCCCCCAGCGAGUUCUCCAACGCCAAACAUUUGACGAGGCUGAAGGAGCGCGGGAUGGAGAGACGCGCCAAGAGGCCGAUCAAGCAUUGCUGAUCAACGAAAUGAU